AUGUGUCAUGAGUGACAUAAAUAGAAGAAGAGUUCAUUCAGCCAUUACAUUCACUCGCAGUCAGUGGUGGAGGACACAGGUCAUUAGCAACCCGACAACAUGCUAUCCGUGAGAGUUGCUGCAGCUUUGGUCAGGACCCUGCCAAGAAGGGCCGGAUUUGUGUCCAAGGCUGUACCGGCCGCUUGUGUUGGGGUCAACCACCUCCACACACACAGACCAUGGCUGCAGAAGACAGGCACAGCUGAGGUGUCCUCCAUCUUGGAGGAAAAGAUCAUGGGGGCUGAUACAUCUGCAGACCUGGAGGAGACAGGACGUGUGCUGUCCAUUGGAGAUGGUAUUGCCAGAGUGUACGGUCUGAGGAAUGUCCAGGCAGAAGAGAUGGUGGAAUUCUCAUCUGGUCUGAAGGGUAUGUCUCUGAAUUUGGAGCCUGACAACGUUGGUGUUGUUGUAUUCGGUAACGACAAGCUGAUCAAGGAGGGUGACAUUGUGAAGAGGACUGGUGCCAUUGUGGACGUUCCUGUUGGCGUGGAGCUGCUUGGCCGUGUGGUUGAUGCUCUGGGAAACGCUAUUGAUGGAAAGGGUCCUCUUGGUUCCAACACCCGUAGACGUGUGGGUCUGAAGGCCCCUGGUAUCAUCCCCCGUAUUUCUGUGAGGGAGCCUAUGCAGACUGGAAUCAAAGCUGUGGACAGUCUGGUGCCCAUUGGUAGAGGCCAGCGUGAGCUGAUCAUUGGUGACAGGCAGACUGGCAAAACUGCCAUUGCCAUUGAUACAAUCAUCAACCAGAAGCGCUUCAACGAAGGAACUGAAGAGAAGAAGAAGCUGUACUGCAUCUACGUCGCCAUCGGACAGAAGAGGUCCACUGUUGCUCAGCUGGUCAAGAGGCUGACUGAUGCCGAUGCCAUGAAGUACACCAUCGUGGUCUCUGCCACUGCCUCUGAUGCCGCCCCUCUGCAGUACCUGGCCCCAUACUCUGGCUGCUCCAUGGGAGAAUAUUUCAGAGACAACGGCAAACAUGCCCUCAUCAUCUAUGAUGAUCUGUCCAAGCAGGCCGUUGCCUACCGUCAGAUGUCCCUGCUGCUGCGUCGUCCCCCAGGUCGUGAAGCCUACCCCGGUGAUGUGUUCUACCUGCACUCCCGUCUGCUGGAGAGAGCUGCCAAGAUGAACGACAACUUUGGCGGCGGCUCCCUCACUGCCCUCCCUGUCAUUGAGACCCAAGCUGGUGAUGUGUCUGCUUACAUCCCCACCAAUGUCAUCUCUAUCACAGACGGACAGAUUUUCUUGGAGACUGAGCUGUUCUAUAAGGGAAUCCGCCCAGCUAUCAACGUUGGUCUGUCUGUGUCCAGAGUAGGAUCUGCUGCUCAGACUAGAGCCAUGAAGCAGGUGGCUGGUACCAUGAAGCUUGAGCUGGCUCAGUACCGUGAGGUGGCUGCCUUCGCCCAGUUCGGUUCUGACCUCGAUGCUGCCACCCAGCAGCUUCUGAACAGGGGAGUCAGGCUCACUGAACUCCUGAAGCAAGGACAGUACUGUCCCAUGGCCAUUGAGGAACAGGUAACGGUCAUCUAUGCUGGUGUCAGAGGUCACCUGGACAAGAUGGAGCCUAGCAAGAUCACAAGGUUCGAGAAGGCCUUCCUGCAGCAUGUCCUCAGCCAGCAACAGGACUUGCUUUCUGCAAUCAGGGCUGACGGCAUGAUCUCAGAGGCAUCAGAUACUAAACUGAAGCAGGUUGUACUGAACUUCCUGUCCAGCUUUGAGUAAUGGAUAGCACUUCCUGUUCUUCAGUGAGCUCCCUGUCUUUGUCCCCAUGCUUAUAUGUGUGAACACACUGAAGGCCAAAACCUCCAUGUACAGAUUUCUUCAAAUAAAAUUUUACAACCCUACUGUGCUGUAAAAUUCUCCUGGUUGUUCACUUACGUGCAGUAAGUGUAGUGUUUGGGUUUGUGCCCUCGGAGCACAUUUCACCAGUGGCAGAUCAGCAAGUCAUUUGAGUAGGACAUUCAACACCUUCUAUUUAAACACAUCAAAUGUGUGUUUUUAUUGUAAAAAAAAUAAAAAAUACCAUGUUAACAUGUAUAACAUUACACAUUCAACAGUCAUCUGCUUAGUGAGUUGAGUUUAUGGAGGGUACAGUAGUGGUAUUAAAUGUACAAGUAACUGUUCAUUACUGGUUACAGAGAUUGUAAAGAGUCAAGUGUGGGCCUGGUUCCUCACAUAUGGUUGAAAUGAUGUGGUAAAAUGUUUGAUACUAUAAUAAAUUCUGUGACCCAUC